UAUCAGCCCAUUUCCCUUAUCUCCUCCAACAUACUUUUCGCAUCUGUAUAUAUCCUUUAAUGUUGAUCUGAUACAGACCAAUUUUAUUCAAAACGGUCACGUCCUUGGCCUCCGCAAUGUCCUCAUCUCGGACUCCACUCCUUAGUCACGACAGCGCCUCUAUCAGCUCUAUCAGCUCUAUCAGCUCGUCCAGUUCUCCCUCCACCGCCGCGCAGAAAUCACAACGCCGGCAACGAGACAUAACUCGAUAUGUCGCCUUCUCUUCCGCAAUCCUCUCGUGCCUGUGCGCGGGCUCCAUCACCGCAUUCGCUCUAUACGGUCAUCUCUUCCAAGAACGCUUACAUUACACGCAACUACAAGUCAACACCGUGAGCAUCGCUGCCGAACUCGCCCUCUACCUCCCUGUAUCCCUGUUUGGCUAUCUGUGCGACCGGCUGGGACCUGCUCCUCUGUCAUUCAUAUCCGCGUUGAUGUUCGGGGCCGGAUAUCUGCUCGCAGCACUCACAUAUAACAGCGGAGCGAAAGAUGUUUCCGGGUAUACACAUGAGAGAGGUUGGCCCUUAUGGGUUAUGGUAGUGGCAUUCAUCAUCAUAGGAUUUGCCACUACUUGUAUGUAUCUGAGUGCUAUUACGACCUGUGCGAAGAAUUUCGGGAGAGGGAAAUAUAGAGGAUUGGCAUUGGCGUGUCCAAUUGCGGCAUUUGGAUUGAGUGGCAUGUGGCAGAGUCAAAUCGGAAGUAGGAUUUUAUAUGAGAGAUUACCCGAUGGAAAGAGGGGAGAUGUGGAUGUUUUCAAAUUCUUUCUCUUCCUGGCUAUUACACUGCUGGCGGUGGGUCUGCUUGGAAGCUUUUUACUGAAGAUUGUGGAUGAGGAUGAGUUGAUUGAUGAGGCGGUCGAAGAGCUAGAAAGAAGUGGACUAUUAGAGGACAGCGGGUUUUCUACAAGAGCAAAUGGCUACAGGACUUAUGGGUCUGUUGAGGAUGGGGUUGAUGAUGAGGCCGCUGAAGCUCGGCGUUUGGGCGAGGCAAAGGCCCAUGAAGAGGAGGAAGCGCGAAAGAAGGCUUGGCUCUUGAAUGAAGAGACACGGCGCUUUCUCAAGGACCAUACAAUGUGGUGGCUUGCGGCGGGAUUUUUCUUCGUUUCUGGUCCUGGAGAAGCAUUCAUGACAAAUCUUGGCACCAUCAUUGGAACCUUAUAUUCCCCCACAACCGAUCCUUCCGAGGUUCCAACCUCUGCUGCUACACACGUCUCAAUCGUUGCUUUUACUUCUACGGUGGCUCGAAUCCUAUUCGGAACACUGACCGACAUGCUAGCUCCUGUUUCUACCAGUAAUCACAUGCAGUCUGCGAGCAACUCACUCGCGUCAUUACCGCCUCAGAGGGGGCGGUUUACUCUCUCUCGUAUCAACUUUCUCCUCCUUGCAGCACUUUUCCUAUUCUUGGGACAGGUUCUCCUCGCCUCAGGAUUAAUCCAGAACCAUGGGGAGCGAUUCUGGAUGGUAUCUGCGCUUAUAGGCUCCGGCUAUGGCGCUUUGUUCAGCUUAACGCCUCUCAUAAUCACCAUCAUCUGGGGUGUAGAAAAUUUCGGUACAAACUGGGGAAUCGUGGCCAUGGUUCCUGCCGCGGGAGCCCUCGUCUGGGGGAUUGUGUACUCCACAGUCUAUGGGUGGGCUGCGAAGAAAUCGCCUCAUAUUCCGGGCACGGAUGACGGUGUAUUAUGCUACGGAAAGCAAUGCUAUGCGGGUACGUUCUGGGCAAUGGCCGCUAGUAUUGCGAUUGGCAGUCUACUCUGGGUUUGGGCUUGGAAAGGUCGAGAUGGUUGGAGCAGAAGAGGAAUUGCCGUCUGAAACUGUAUAGGUAGGACAUAAUACAAAACUAUCUGUCCAGCUUUUGGGCAAGAUUAUCUUCACCUGUUGCCCUUGUAAAGCGG